GUGCGGCCGGCAGUCAUGGCGGCGCUGGCGGUGCUGGCCGGGCUGCUGGCGCUGGCAUUAGGCGCCGCAGGCGAGCCGUGCCCCGAGCCCACCAUCGUGCCUUCCUACUACACCACCUCGGACGCCGUCAUCUCCUCCGAGAGCGUCUUCGUGGUGGAGAUCUCGCUGGCCUGCAAGAACGGUGCCCAGAACGUGGCUCUCUACGCCGACGUCAAUGGGAAGCAGUUCCCUGUCACCCGGGGGCAGGACGUGGGGCGCUACCAGGUCUCCUGGAGCCUGGAGCACCGCAACGCCCAGUCGGGCACCUACGAGGUGAAAUUCUUCGACGAGGAGUCCUACAGCGCCCUGCGCAAGGCUCAGCGCAAUAACGAGGAUGUCUCCCGCAUCCGGCCCCUUUUCACCGUUAACGUGGACCAUCGGGGCGCUUGGAACGGUCCCUGGGUGUCGACGGAGGUGGUGGCAGCCGCCAUCGGCCUCGUCAUCUAUUACCUCGCCUUCAGCACCAAAAGCAGCAUACAGGCGUAGGGGCCCCCCCCCAAAAAAAUACCCACCCCCCCCGCCCAAACAGCCCCCCCUCCCAGAGGGUCCCCAGGUCUUGGUGGGGAGCAGGGCGCCCCUAAAAUUACCCCUUUCCCCCCAGAAUAAACAUGUUUUGGGGUGCGCCUUAAAAGUGGGGGUGUCGGGGGGGGGGGCUGAGGGACCCGUCCAUCCCUGUCCGUGUCCCCCCCCCCCUCAAAAUGGGAACGGUUGGUUGGGGCUGGGCCCCAAAAAUGGGGGAGCCCCCAAAAUGGAGGGUCUUGAGGGUCCACCCUGUGACUCCUGCCCGGGGGGGGGUGUCCCCAAAUCCCCCCCCCCCACCAAUAAAAGUC